GGCUCGGUGUGCCCUGCCACCGGACACCCUGAGGGAUGGAGAAGAGUGUGAAACCGCAGCAGAGCAGGGAUGCCAGUUGCCAAAUGCACACCUCCUGGGGGGUCUGUAAUCCCAGGCCUUCCCAGUGCUGGGGAGCAUGCUGGGGCCUGCGCUGCUUGCAGGGGGCUGAGUCGGAGGCUAAUGAGCAGGUAAGGCCACAGCACAGACGGAGGCUGAGCUCAGCGUCUGUUCUCUGUGGAAAUGGCUGAGCCCAGGUCUCAGGGCCACACCGCUGGACCCUUGCUGCUGCUGCUGCUGCUGUUGCUGCUGCCACCCCAGGCCCUGCCAGAGGGGCCCCUGCUAUUUGUGGCUCUGGUGUUCCGACAUGGCGACCGGGCCCCACUGGCCUCUUACCCCACAGAUCCACAUAAGGAAGCUGCCUCCACCUUGUGGCCUCGAGGCCUGGGCCAGCUGACCAAGGAGGGGAUCCGUCAGCAGCUGGAGCUAGGCAGAUUUCUGAGAAGGCGUUAUAAGGCCUUUCUGAGCCCAGAGUACCGGCGUGAAGAGGUGUAUAUCCGCAGCACAGACUUUGACCGGACACUGGAGAGUGCGCAGGCCAACCUGGCUGGGCUGUUCCCGGAGGCUGCCCCUGGGAGUCCUGAGGCCGACUGGAAGCCCAUUCCAGUACACACAGUGCCUGUGUCAGAGGACAAGUUGCUGAGGUUUCCCAUGCGCAGCUGUCCUCGGUACCAUGAGUUACUGCGGGAGUCCACAGAGGCAGCUGACUACCAAGAGGCCCUGGAAGGCUGGACGGACUUCCUGACCCGCCUGGGCAACUUCACUGGACUGUCCCUGGUUGGAGAGCCACUCCGCAGAGCAUGGAAAGUUCUGGAUACCCUGAUCUGCCAGCGUGCCCAUGGUCUUACCCUUCCAUCCUGGGCCUCCCCAGAUGUGCUGAGGACUCUGUCACAGAUUUCAGCUCUGGAUAUCAGGGCACAUGUGGGCCCACCCCGAGCAGCAGAAAAGGCCCAGCUGACUGGGGGGAUUCUGCUAGACGCCAUCCUCAGCAAUUUCUCACGGGCCCAGCGCCUGGGACUGCCCCUCAAAAUGGUCAUGUACUCAGCUCAUGACAGCACCCUGCUGGCCCUCCAGGGGGCCCUGGGCCUCUACGAUGGGAACACCCCACCUUAUGCUGCCUGCAUGGCCUUUGAAUUCCGGGGGAGCUCCAGGGACCCUGAGGAGGAAGAUGGAGAGAAUGUCACCAUCUCUCUCAUCUACCGAAAUGACACCUCCCGCCCACCUCUGCCGCUCAGGGUCCCUGGGUGCCCAGCUCCCUGUCCACUUGGGCGCUUCCAGAAGCUGACUGCUCCAGCCCGGCCUCCAGCUCAUGGGGCCCCCUGCCAUGGUUCCUAUGAGCCUGCCAGCCCCCCAGGUGACAGCCCUCUGCGCAGGGGUGGGAGUGGGGCAUUUCCAAGACCUGGGAUUCACAACCCCCAUAUUCUUCCUGCAGCCACGGUGCCCCUGCUGGCCGGAGCUGUGGCUGUGCUGGCUGUGCUGAGCCUGGGGCUUGGCCUAUUGGCCUGGAGGCCCAGCUGCCUGCGAGCCCUGGGAGGGGCCGUGUGAGGGAGGGGGAACAGAUAAGACACAAAAGCACCCCGAGCUGACACUGGAUCCCAACACGUGUGCUCACCUGCUGCUCUGGCUUGUCACUUACUGUGCUCGCGCGUGUGGGGAUGAAGGCUGGGAGGGUCCCAGGCAUUGUGCUUGCUUGGACACUCAUCUACACUCAGGUGCUAUACAUACAGGUGACAGGGCCCACAAUUAGCAUGUGUGCAGGUGGGAACCUGUAGCUGGAGAACACUCAGGACUGGUUUACCUCCUACUGAUGGCUGAACAGAUGGGGCUAGCUCCUUGGGUCACCCCGUACAGUUGAGCCAAACAGGGUUAGGGGCUCUCCCAGAGUACUGGUUAAGUAACCAGUAUCUUCUGGAAGCUCCAUACUCACCACCAUCCUAAGCCUUCCCUGAAGUGGGAAGUUCUUAAAGGACCUGGUGAUGAGUCUAUACGCAGGGCACUCCAAGAACCCACCCUCCUACAGACCAGCAACCACCAUGUAUGUCACUGGCAUCACCUGGAGCCCCACACCCAUUGCCUUGUGCAUACAUCACUCCCUGGAGGCCUCAGUUGACACGGGGAAAGCCAGUGGGUGUUCCCUGUCUUGAGAGGUGGCUAGUUUACCAUCUGGGGGAGGCACAUCAAGA